GCGCUUUCAACCAAUCCGCCGCGCGAGAAUUCCACUCGUCGAAGGAUGCGCUUUCGGCGACCGGUCUUUGUCCGGCGACUGCAGAGCCUCGCGAGCCAGACGCUGUAUACGUCAAGAGCACGCACAUGGACGUCGCAGUACUCGACUCUCCUUGCCAAAUACCCGCUCUUAACGAAAACCCUCACAAGCGCCGCCCUAGCUGGGGUUGGUGACAUUGUGUGCCAGCUUGCCAUCGAAGAUGCCGACGCCAUCGACUUUCGACGCCUCAGUGUCUUCACUGCAGUCGGUGGAGCAUAUAUUGCGCCGUUGCUGCAUGUAUCCUACGGCAUGCUCAACCGAAUGUUCGUCGGAGUCACAACAACGGCAGUGUUGCAACGCGUGGCGGUGGACCAGUUGGUCCUCACGCCAGCAUUUUUCGUGUCGUACUUCGCGCUCAUGCAAACUCUAUCGCCCACAAACGUAACCAUCGAGGAUAAGCUACGACAGGAAUGGUGGCCCACCGUCCAAGCAAAUUGGAUCGUGUGGGUGCCAGCGCAAUUGCUCAACUUCCGCUUUAUUCGACCAUCGUACCAAGUGCUGUUUUCGAACGUCGUGAGCCUAUUUUGGAACGCUUAUAUGUCCUUUGUCAGCCACAACGAAGGUGCGACUGCUUCCCGACCACACGAUUCCGCAGCACGACCACCUUAAUUUUGUGUCAAAGCAUCUUGUAUUCCUUCA